AUGGCAGCUCGUGUGGAAAUGGCCUCUGGUGAGGUGGGCCAAGCAGGAGGGGCUGGCGUCAAGCCUGCGCCCGGCCCCAAUCCUCGCCUGAUUCCCAAACCCUUCUCACUGCAGAGGAACACCACCUUACGCUCCAUCCUAGCCCCAAAGACACUCACAACGACUCCACAGCCAUCUCAGACCACACCCACUACACCCACGACCUCCAGCAAACCAGGGCCUAAUCAGCCUAUCAGUGCCCCUGUGUCUGACUCAAGCAGCGCUGUGAAACUCGAUGCAGAGAGCACCAUGAUACCUGAACCGACUAAUGCUCUCAAAGCUCCUUCAGCCAUAACACCCCACACUGACUCAACCCACACCACUAAACAAAACCAAGCUGCUCUUUCCACAUCCAGCUCCCUUACUGCCCCAACAUCUGAGCCACCGGCUAGUACCAUAUCUGACCCAACUGGAACCUCAGAGGCAAAUCAAGUCAGUGAAUCUGAACUGGAAUGAACAUGGAGACUCUGAUACAGGCCACUCCGCUACUGGAACUGAGGCUGUACCAUCACCAUCGGUUACCUCAGCUCCCCUUCAACCCCAGUCUGAAGACACUGUGAGCGAGCCCACCUCUGCGGUCGUCAGGCACCAAGCUGGGGAGGAUCAGGCAGCCCACUGGGGAGGAGGCAGGAAGAGGCUGUCCAUGGAGCUCACCUCCAGGGUUGAGUUGGCCGGCCGCUCGCUCCCCUCACAGCCACCAGCCAAAGACAACAAACAGAACCAGGAACAGGCGACCAAGAGAGAGACUGCAGUCCUCAAAGUGUCUGUCCUCAGGACCAAGGAGGAAGAGAAGAUACCAGAUUCACCAGGGACACCGUUUGACCCGGAGUGCAGACUCAAGCACUCAGCAACGCUGAAGGAAGAGAGGGAUGGAGAAGGGGUAAAGGAGGAAGGAGAAGAGAAAGUGAGCUGCAUACAACGGAGGAUCAGUUUGCUGCUGGACUACUCCUCGAGGCCAGAGGCUCUGACCAAGAGGGAGGAAGUACCUGGUCCAAUUAAACAAGCAGACGGUUCUGGGGGUGUGAAACAGCGAAUUAAAGACUGGGCAUUAGACACACCUCCUGUUCAGGCAUCCAAUCAGAGGGUGGAUGUUGCCCCUCAACCAAUCCCUAUCAGAGUUUACCCUGCAUUGGGUGUUACUGGGGGGUCGUUGGCGACGAGCGAAAGCGUUCAGCUAGCUCCCCAAGAGGACAAGGCUUAUACCCUAUGUCGCUCAGGACAUUCUGGGAUAAAGGUUAAUAGGGAGGAGAUAGAGGAUGAGGAAGAGGAGGGAGAAGAGGAGGAGGGAGAGGAGAAGAGGGCCCAGGUGGCACUCUACAAACCAGUAGGGAGACUUCUUCGGAUGAAAGAUGGAGGGAAGAAACAGGAGCUAGUGAUUGAUCAAAUAGAGAAAGAUAUGGAGACCAAGGUGCAAGAGGAGGAAAAAGUGAAACAGCUGGAGCUAGAAGAGAGACAGGCAGUGAAGGAGAGGGAGAAAGAAAAGGAAAGGGAGAGACAGAGAGAGGAAAAAGAGAGAAAGACGAAAGAAGAGGGGAGAGAAAGGCAAAGAGAAAUAGAGAGGGAAAGGGAUAGACAGCGUCAAAGAGAGGAGGAAGAGAGGGAGAGAAAGAGGAAGGAAGAGGAGAGGGAGAGAGAUAGACAAAUUCAACUUGAGAGGGAAAAGGAGAUACUGAGAAAGGAGGAAGAGAGGGAGAGGAGGAAAGAAGAGGAGAGGGAGACAGAAAGACAGAUAGAAGUGAAGCGGGAAAGGGUUAGACAGAGAGAGGAAGAAGAGAGGGAGAGGAUUAGAGUGGAAGAGGGGAGAUUGAGAGAGAAGGAAAUGGACAAACUCAUAGAAGAGGAGAGAGAAAGGGAAAGAAAGAGAGAGGAGGAAAGGAUGAAGGAAGAUGAGAGACAGAGAGAAGAAGGGCGGGCAAGAGAAAGACAAAGAGAGGAAGAGAGCGAGAAAGAAGAGUCCCCAGUACAGUUGAUCACUCUUGAACCUGACCAACCUCCCAAGCCAGAGCCUCCUUCUCGUUCCCCUACCAUCCCCAUCAUAGAACCCAUACCGAAGGAUGAGGAGCAGCCUCACAUCAAUGUGGUCUACAACUUUUCUAUCAAAGAGGAGAAGCCUCUUAUUGAGGUGGUCUAUGAUAAUUUCUCUGUCAAGCUCGGGAGGUGGGGGUCUCAGGCCAGGCUCCUUGCUGACCGUGCCCAGGUUGAGACACCUUCCCCUGGAAGGUCACCGGGCCCCUCAGACACCGACCUCCAGAGAACCGUUUAACGCCCAGGAGCCACUCCGCGUCAAACCUCACCAAGCCGAGGGGGACAUAGAGUGGGGAGUCCCCACCCCAGAUAAAGGGAUGGAGAAGGAGGACGAGAAGGUGGAUGCGGAAGAAAACGUGGACACAGAGGAGGUAAGCAAGGGGACGGUGAGAGGGGGAGGGAGAGAAUUUGAAAAUGAUCUCCACAAAAAAGGUAUUUCAUGGCCUUUUUCCUUUGCAACACUAGUAUGGACAGACUUACCAUGGGCUUAAAACCUGGUGUUAUACUAGGGAAAUUGUGUUUCCAUAGCUAGGGCUGACACUAUGGACAAGCAGAAACAACAAGCUCUUUAUUUAA